AUGCCUUCGUACUCAAGCGACGAUAUCAUGGCGGACUGGCGUUACGCCGUGGAGCAAGACUUCACUACUUCUGCCGGAGAGCCAUACCCGUAUGCCAACAAUGGCAAGUUGCAAUGGGGCAAUGAACUCAACAAGAUUACCUUCAAGAACCAGCCCCAGCCCCAGCCCCAGCUUGGUUGCGUGAGCCAUGAUGGCAGUCGCUUGGCUUUUGCGGUAGAUCGCAAUAUUCAUAUUGUCGAUACCCAAACCUGGGAGACUCUCACUGUUCUCAAAGGUCAUACGUCCGGAAUUAAUGCUUUGGCUUUCAGGCCCAACGAUGCCCGUACCCUCAUAUCCUGUGAGAAGCCCAUGUACGAUAGACAUAGGCUUGGAAAGGAACCCACUAUUAUUCUGUGGAAUAUUGAAGAAGAGCAAGAAAAGAUCAGUCUGGUGGACGAUCAGCUGAGCAGUAUUUCGCAGGCCGCAGCAUCUGUCGUUGGUGACAAGUUGGCAGAGCUUGGUGUCUAUCUAGAUCAUGCCAAGAUCCAGAAUCUGGCGGCGGUCUUCGAACCAGCUGUCGACCGCCUUGUUGCCGAGCACAUAGCAGCUGGUAAACCCACAGUACAGGGCAAGCUCAUUUUUAGCCACGAAUCACAGAUAUUUAGCCCGUCUGGACAGUACAUCGCCUACAUUCCUGGAAAGCCGCCUCGCUCAAACCGCGACGACCCUUGGGAUAUCACGAUUCUAUCCGUGGACGAGUUUAAAGAAGUUAUCACCCUCAAGGGCCACACCGAUGCUAUGAUGUGGCUCGGGUGGAACUCUGACGAAUCACUCUUUGCCUCAGUGUCAUGGGAUGGUACAAUCCGCAUCUGGGACCCAAAGACAGGCGAUCAGAAGCAUCUUUUCAGAACCGACCACCAGAACUGGACAGGUGGUUUUAGUCCAGACUCGAAAUAUUUUGCAACAGUAGAUGGCGAUGCCAACGUGAGGAUCUACUCAAUUGUUUCUGGCGGGAAACUGCACUGGACGUACGACGGACAGCGAACAGACUACUGGAGACGAACUAUCAGCUGGCAUCCGAACAGCCAGUGGCUCGCGGUAGGAGGGGAGAAGAGCGGCGAGUUGCUUCUUCUGGACAUCGAGGAGAAGAAAGUGCUUCAGAAAAGGCUCUUGUCUGCCGAUGCUAGCACAAGCAAAGACGAGGUUCAGGACAUGAUGAAGGGGUUUGUAGGCACGUAUAAAGUGAAAUUUGUCGACGGUGGGAACAAACUUGCAGUCUGGACUUUUGGAGAUGAUAGUAUCGAGGUCUAUGAUAUCAAUCAGCAGGUAAAGUGGAGGUUCGCCAGGGGUGGAACGGAAGAUGGGCCAGAAGCCGACAAAUGGAGAGAUGACGAGGGCAAGGUCACCAGUCAACGAGGCUAUAGUAUGUUGACUUGGGAGAAUCACACAAAGGGUGUGCUGCAGCUGGCGAGUCUCGACUUUGACGGUGCUCGAAUCUGGGAGAUCCAGCUUUAA